AUGGAUGCAAAGCUAAAGCCUAUUCUCUCAAAAUUGAAUGAUAUUUCAAAUGUUAAAAGUAGCAGGGCUACUUCACAACAAGGGGGAGAAGGCAGAGUAUUUUCAAAAGUCAAUAUCAACAAUCCUUACCAAACCGCUCCAAUGGAAAAGAAUAGUGACACAAUUCAUCCGGAGAAGACACAUUGGAAGGAAAAAGUGAAGGAUUUGAAAGAAAAGAAAACUGACCAAAAGGAAAAGGAAGAUGAAUUGAAUCCCAAACUAACAAAGGAACAACAAGCCGAACAAGCGAAACGUGAUGCGUUGCUGGAUGAGAUCAAUACCACAAAUGCGAAGAUUAAUUCAAUGGAAGCUGAAAAGAAGAAUGUUGAAGCAAUUCUUGUGAACAAGAAAGCGUUGUUUCCUCCGUGGUCAUUUGAAUGA